CGCGCGCCCUCCCUCCGCAUACAAACUUUUUUGACGAUGUCUACAGCAGAAAGCAACAAGAACGCCGCAGCUGCCGCUGAAGGGUUGAAAGCCAUCCUUCGCAACAAUUACAUCUCGGACGAAUUGAAGCAGGAUGCUGCGCGGCGGCUGAGGGAAGAUAAAUCUAACGCCGAAAAGUUGUCUCCAAAUGAUCAAGCAGAAGUCGCGAAGUGGGCCGACUUGAAGGUUCGGGACUUCGCGUAUGAGACUGCACACGAUUAGCGCCAAGCUGGGUUCUUCGUUCAUUAUA